UUAUACAAUGUUUUACAAUACACUUGCCCAUGAUAAAACGUCUAAUUAUUAUCGAAAUCACAGCGAUGCAUACACAAUCAAAUACUAGGACACGGCUGAGCGCUGGGCCACAGAAGAUAAAAUUGUUUUAUAUUCUGUGGCUGGGCUCCAAAUCAGGUUCCUAAGUGCUUUCACCAAAGUCGCUAUAUAAGCCAGUCUACGGUUCCAUCCGAUACCAUCCAGAUGCUAAAUGACAACAAACACAGUGAGUGUGGACUCAUUUUAACAAAAAAUUGUGUUGAUUUUGAGUGAAAAUUUACAUAAAAACAUGUAGAGUUUAGAAUAAUGUAUAAGGUUUUAAAGUUGGUUCUGCGUCGACAGAUUACCUAUAUUGCGUGUCUAGUUCGUUUCCGUAAUUAAAACCAGUUUUUCUAAAUUUAUUAAAAAAUUAUAAAUCGUGCAAUGUAAUUGUAUCUUAAUUACAAAAUCCAUUUGAGAUCCGCUUUAUGAUUGUGAACGAGUUUUUUCAAAUAACUCUGUGCUAAAAGCGAGUGUUGAAGUACUUUUGUUAUCAUCUGUGUUUAAAACCGUCGCAAGUCACGGUGUUUUGGUCUGAAUUAUUAUCAUAUCUUACGUCAUCGUUCUUUCUCUUUUGUUCCAAUAUAUAUAAGUAUAGACAUGAACGUCGCGUUACACUUUUUGUUGACGAUUUUUUUUAUAUUAUGUUUGCGCUUCCUUUAUAAUUUUUAUAAGUAUUAUGUACGGAAAAAAACAUUGGAGUGGCUGCCCGCUGUUCCGGGAUGGCCUUUGCUUGGAGCGGCCUUAGAAUUUGGCGAUAAUACAAGAACAUUGCAAGACUUUGACAGACUAAUAAAACGUUAUGGAAAAGUAAUCUACGUAGAUUUUCUUCUGGCAUCACAUAUUUUGUCAACGGAUUACGAAUUUGUGGAAUACGUUUUAAGCAGGCAGGAAGUUCUUUCAAAGUCGACGGAUUACAAGUAUCUGCACAAUUGGUUGGGCACUGGAUUGUUAACUAGUGACGGUCCGAAAUGGAAGAAACGCAGGAGGCUGGUGACCCCCGCCUUUCAUUUCUCUAUCCUGGAACAAUUUAUCGAGGUCUUUGAACAAAAUUUGGAGAUACUAACAACAGAGUUGGAAAAGGAAGUCGACAAGGAUAUUGAUGUUUAUCCUUUCAUAAACCGCUUUGCCCUUGAUGUAAUAUGUGAGGCAGCUAUGGGGGUGUCAGUGAAUGCACAGAGAAACAAGGAAUCAUGUUACGUGGAAAAUGUCAAAGAAAUGUGCAGGAUAAGCAUAGAAAGGGCCUUCUCCAUUAUUAAAAGAAGUGAGGUUCUUUACGUAUUGAGCCCGGAUUAUUAUAAAGAACAAAAAAUAGUAAAAGAGCUUCAUUCAGUGACGAAUUCGGUGAUAGAUUCUAGAAGAGAGGAACUGGAACAGAAUAAAAUAAAUUACACUGAUGAAACAAGUAGUGUAGGAGAAAAGAAGAAAAUGGCUUUCUUGGAUAUCCUCAUUCAAUCCACCAUCGACGGGCAACCCCUUUCUAGGGAAGAUAUCCGAGAGGAAGUUGACACAUUCAUGUUCGAGGGACACGAUACGGUUUCUUCAGCUACAAGCUUCUCAUUGUAUUUGUUGGCAAUGCAUCCUGAGGUACAAAAACGGGCUGCGGAAGAACAAAGACACAUAUUCGAAGACAACAUAAACAGAAAAUCAACUCACAAUGAUUUGCAAGAAAUGAAAUAUUUGGAAAUGGUCAUCAAAGAAGCUCUCAGGUUAUAUCCACCAGUUCCUGUAUUUGGUAGAGCAACAACCCAAGACGUUCAAUAUAAAGGCAACAGGAUUCCGAAAGAUGUUAACGUGACAGUCCUGAGUUAUAGUAUUCUCAGGGAUCCAGAUAACUUUGAGAACCCAGAAAAAUUUGACCCAGACAGAUUUGAAAACAGUGAUGGAACAAGGCCGUAUUCUUACAUCCCUUUCAGUGCUGGCCCGCGCAAUUGUAUAGGGCAAAGGUUUGCUAUGUUGGAACUAAAGAGUACCUUGUCCAGAAUACUGAGGAGUUUUGAACUUCAUCCACCUCAGUGUGAACACAAAAUAAUAUUAAUUUCUGAAGCUGUCCUAAAGUCCAAAAACGGAAUCAAAAUAAAACUGACACAAAGAAAAUGGUGAAUGUGAUUGAAAACUUCUUAUAAACUGUUAUAUAUUUCUUUAAUAAUAAAUGGGAAAUAAAUAAUUUUUGGAAACUUA